GACGUAGCUGUGUCACAACUCACGUACGCAUUCGGCCCUCCGCCCUGCCCGCGGGGGAGCCUGGGCUCCGAGGGCCGCGCGGUUGCCGCCGGGGGUUAUUCCGGAGCCGGGAGGGUGACGGCGGGUGGCCUGGGGUUGAGCGGCCUCCUCAGGGAGACAGGGCCAGCAGCGCCCGCCGGAGCCAACCAUGCACCCGGAGCGGCGGGCCUGCGAGCCCGCCCUGCGCUCCGGAGACUUGACUUCCGCUGACACCCGCGAGCGGGUGGGCCAAAAUGAAGUCCAUCCUGCCAUCCAAGCCGCCAUAGACCUCACCUCGGGGGCCCUAGGGGGCGCAGCAUGUGUACUGACCGGGCAGCCCUUUGAUACUAUGAAAGUGAAGAUGCAGACUUUCCCCAGCCUGUACAAAGGCCUCACCGACUGUUUCCUGAAGACCUACAACCAAGCGGGCAUCCGGGGCUUCUACCGGGGCACUAGCCCCGCGCUGGUAGCCUACGUCGCCCAGAGCUCUGUCCUUUUCAUGUGCUACGGCUUCUGCCAACAGUUUGUCCGUAAAGUGGCUAGCCUGGACCAGAGCGCCCCGCUGAAUGAACUGCAGACAGCAACGGCGGGGUCCUUGGCCUCUGCGUUUGCUGCGCUAGCCCUCUGCCCCACUGAGCUUGUGAAAUGCCGGCUGCAGACCACGUAUGAAAUGAAGAUGUCAGGGAAGAUAACCAAAAGCUAUAACACAAUUUGGUCUGUUGUUAAGGGCAUCCUUCUGAAGGAUGGCCCAUUAGGCUUCUACCAUGGACUCUCCACCACUCUAGUUCAGGAAGUACCCGGCUAUUUCUUCUUCUUUGGUGGCUAUGAACUCAGUCGAUCGUUUUUUGCAUCAGGGAGACCAAAGAAUGAACUAGGCCCUGUUCCUUUGAUGUUAAGUGGAGGAUUUGCUGGAAUCUGCCUCUGGCUUAUCAUAUUCCCAGUGGAUUGUAUUAAAUCCAGAAUUCAGGUUCUUUCUAUGUUCGGAAAGCAGGCAGGAUUUAUACGAACUUUUUUGACUGUUGUGAGAAAUGAAGGAGUAUUAGCCCUAUAUUCUGGAAUGAAAGCUACUAUGAUUCGAGCCAUCCCUUCCAACGCUGCAUUAUUUUUGGCCUAUGAAUACAGCAGGAAGAUGAUGAUGAGUGCAUUGGAAACAUACUGAAAUGUCUUGGUGAACCCA